AUGGAAAAGUCUUUCCAGGAGGCGACGACGCUUGCAAGCUCGUCGUCGAGCUCGGGAGGAGGAGGAGGAGCAGGAGGCGCUCCGGUCGCCGGAGAUGGCGGUGCCGACACUCACCAACCGCCGCCCGCCGGCGCCGACCAGGAAGCGGCGGCACCACCCGAGCGUGUCUCCGAGGCGGCAUCCAGCUUCGGGCCGCCUCCCGAUGGUGGUACCGCGGCUUGGUUAGCCGUCCUCGGCGGCUUCUGUACUGUGUUUGCGAGUUUUGGUUGGAUUAAUUGCAUUGGUAUUUUUCAGGAUUACUACAAAACGAACCUCCUCAAGCAGUACUCGCCCAGUACCGUGGCAUGGAUCCCCUCCACCGAGUCGUUUAUGCUCUUCUUCUGGGGCCCCCUCGUGGGAAAACUCACCGAUGAACUCGGCCCUCGCAUUCCCAUCCUGAUCGGCUCCUUCCUGCACAUCUUCGGCCUCAUGAUGACCUCCAUCUCGACCCAAUACUACCAAAUCUUCCUCGCCCAGAGCGUGUGCAGCGCCGUGGGCUGCUCCUUUCUCUUCUACGCGCCAAUCGCCGCGAUCGGGACCUGGUUCCAGCGCCACCGCGCGCUCGCCUUCGGCGUCGUCACUGCUGGCUCCAGCAUCGGCGGCGUCGUGCUGCCCAUCAUGGUCAGCCGGCUCGUCGACGCCGUCGGCUUCGGGUGGUCCAUGCGGUGCGCCGCCCUGCUGCUGCUCGCCCUCCUCGCCGUCGGCAACCUGACCGUCAAGUCCCGGCUGCCGCCGCAGCGGCGCAAGUUUAGCGUGCGCGACUUCCUGGCGCCCUUUUCGGAGAGGCCGUUCCUGCUGCUCAGCGUGGGCGGCUUCGUGGUCUACCUCGGGGGCUUCCUGCCGUUUAACUUCAUCAUCGCGCAGGCCAAGGCAGGGGGCAUGUCGCCCGGCCUGGCGCCGUACAUGGUCUCGAUUGUCAACGCGGCAUCGUCACUUGCCAGGACGUUUGGUCGCAUCCUCCCCGCGCACUUUGGGGACAGGUAUGGUGUCUUCAACGUCAUGAUCGUGUUCAGCCUGCUCAGCGCCGUCUUCACCCUCGCCGUCUGGCUGCCGGCGCGCUCCGAGGCGGGGGGGCUCAUCGCCUUUGCCGUCCUGUACGGCUUCACCUCGGGCUGCACGCUCUCCAUCAUCCCCGCCAUGGUGGCCUCCAUCUCCCCGGACAUUUCCAAACUGGGGUCCCGGAAUGGGUCGCUCUACGCGUGCGCCGCCGUUGGCGUCCUUUUCGGAAACCCGAUCGCUGGAGCCAUCGUGAACCGGCAGCAGGGCGAAUAUACCGGGUUGAUACUCUUUUGCGGGAUAGCGUUGCUUGUAGGAACCGUCUUUGUUGUGCUCGCUAGACACGCCUUGGUUGGGCCGCAAAUCCGGGUCAAGGUUUAA